AUGAAUAAAGGAUACAUUAAAAUCAUUUUUAGUCUUUUAAGCAUGCUCAUAUGCAUGAGCGAUAAUAUCCUUGCAAGUGAAGAUACCCCAGAGGUUUCUGCUCUACGGAAAUAUUCUUUGCGCAGUAAAGCUCGACGUAAUGCUGCAUUACGCAAACUUAUUCCCCACAAUAUUUCUCCAUAUGAACUAUAUGAACAAAACAUUCACCUAUUGUGUACCAAAUCUAAAGAAAUAAAAAAAGCAACAAAACUUAUGGACGAAGCUGUAACGUUUUUACAAAAGUAUGCUACAAUUACCAGGAAUUUUUGUUUAUAUAACAGAUUCGAAAAUGAUGUAUUUUUAUAUUUUAGUAAAUAUUCAAAUCCAGACGUUGGAAAACUUGAAUUUAAAAUCCCUGUCCCAGAUGCAUAUGAAGACAUAAUAAACCUGUUAUGGAAUCCUAAUGGCAUCCAUAAUUUCUGUAGCGAUUUUGUUAGUGGAAAAUUCGUCCGUGUAUAUGAUCCAAGUUUAGCAAUAAUGCAACACCGUUACAUAAAUAAUGCUCAAUCAACUCAAGGAUAUGUUUAUUUUUUAGCCAAAAAAGUUGAUGUAUCAGAAGACAAAACUAUAAUUGCCAUGGCUUCAGCAAAUAUAAAUGAUCGCAAUCCUUCCAAUAAAAAAUAUAAAAACGAAAUUGUAAAAAGCGCAAAUUCAUUCAAAAUUGAUAUUGAUUCUGAAGAUGAUAUUAGAAAUGGAAAUUUAAUAAAAAUGUUUAUUAACUUAUCUGGAUUUGUCAUUAAAAAAGAAGACACACACAUUGAUAUUACACACAUCGACUCUAUCGAAUGUAAUUGUCCUAAUGUCCCUUGGUGGUAUAUUCAAAGGGCUAAAGCAAUAAAAAUGCUAGAUUUUUCCAAAUUACAACAACUAUUUGAUGCGGAAUAA